UAGCCGCUGUUGCCACACGGACUCAUUUUCGCGCAACAAACCGCCGAGAGCGCAGCGCCGAGUCUGAGCUGCGAUGGAGAAGCUGCAGGGUUUCGAGUUCUGGAGGAAGACUCUUCGCGCUGCACGCUUCGUCCUCGCGCCCAUGGUGGAGCAGAGCGAGCUCGCGUGGAGGCUGCUGAGCCGCAGGCACGGGGCGGAGCUCUGCUACACCCCCAUGCUGCACGCGCAGGUGUUUGUACGCGACCCCAACUACCGGCGAGAGAAUCUGUACAGCGAAGUGAGUCCAGAAGACCGGCCUCUCAUCACACAGUUCUGUGCAAACGACCCAGAGGUGUUUGUCCAAGCAGCACUUUUAGCUCAGGACUACUGCGAUGCCAUCGACCUCAAUUUAGGAUGCCCUCAGAUGAUCGCUAAACGGGGACACUAUGGUGUAUUCCUGCAGGACGAGUGGGACCUGCUGGAGAGGAUGAUUAAAUUGGCUAAUGAGAAGCUCUCCGUGCCGGUCACGUGCAAAAUCCGGGUUUUCCCAGAGGUCGAGAAAACGGUCAAAUAUGCCAAAAUGCUUGAAAAAGCAGGUUGCCAGUUGCUCACCGUUCACGGCAGAACCAAAGACCAGAAAGGAGCUCUGACCGGAGUGGCGAGCUGGGAGCAUAUUAAAGCUGUGAGAGAAGCUGUAAACAUCCCAGUUUUUGCUAACGGAAACAUCCAGCACCUGAGUGACGUGCAGCGCUGCAUGGAGGAAACAGGAGUACAGGGCAUCAUGAGUGCAGAGGGGAACCUGCACAACCCGGCGCUGUUUGAGGGCCGUAACCCACCCGUGUGGGAGAUGGUGGAGGAAUACCUGGAGGUGGUGAAGGAACACACGCCCGGCUCGCUAUCACACGUCCGAGCUCAUCUUUUUAAGCUCUGGCAUCACACGCUGCAGAUCCAUCAGGACCUGAGGGAAGAUUUGGCUAAAGCAAAAAACUUGGCAGGAAUCGAGGAGGUGAACAGACAGCUGAAGCAGCGCUGCCAGGAGGAGAUGGGUAAGGACGAAUCGGAGCGACAUCACACCGGACUGCCUUUUCCUCACUGGAUCUGUCAGCCGUACGUCAGACCACCGCCGAAAGACCCAAGCAUGGAGAACGGCGUGAAGACGGCGAGCGGGAAAAGGGCGCUUGAGGACAGCGACAGCUCCAACGAUUUGCUCUCCAAGAACAAGCAGAAGAAGAAAGUCAGGAACCCGCAGAAGAACUUCUGCCCUGAGCUCAAACCAAAGUACAUCAAAUGUGAGCAAUGUGGGAAUCCAAAAGGAAAUAAGUGCGUCUUUAACCUGUGUCGCGGCUGCUGUAAGAAGAAAGCCUAUAAAGAAGUUGCAGAUUGUCCAGGUCACGGCUUGAGGUUCAAGACGAAGGCGCAGAAGCUAGCUGUCCAAAUUGAGACUCCGGUCUCGUCCUAAAUCUCUGCCUCUCGAGUCUUCCGGCUCGGACUUUGUAUCUGUGGAGUAAACUCAUGCUGUGAGCGCAACAAAAACAAGUGCAUCUUCCUCACAUAUAUGCAUUGAAACCCGAAAUUGCUGCUAAGGACUUAACUACUUUAGACAGGAAGAUGUACUUAACAUAAAAGAAAAAAACAGAUUAAAAUUUAUAUCGAGCAGAGACUAGAUUUUGUACGUAGGGUUUUCAUGGCGCUGCAACAUAAUUUUAGCUAAGCCCCACCCUGCUAACAGUUAACAAUGAACUGUAGACCUCAGGACCUCAGUUUUACACUUUAAUACUCGGCUGUUAAAUGCAACAGACCGAAUACAGGGAUUGUUUCUGCAGACUUUAGCUGUUUUUAAUUAAUUUAUUUAUAUCAUACGUUUUAGCCAAAACCGGUACCAAUACAGCUAUGGCUAAUAUUUUCACACGUUAAAAGCAGCACCGGAGUCAAAUUUCAGUUUCUGCUGAUUACCGUUGCACCGGUGACAUGGAGAGAAUGUUGGCUCGUUUGGGAAAUCAGGAUGUCACGUCAGUGAUCCGAACACAGCUCGAAACGCUAGAGGUACAACAAACUGUUUCGUUUAGUGUGUUUUUUUUCCUUGAGUAUCAUUUGUGACAUUUUUCACUGCUUUGUGUUUUUAUCAUUGAGGUUUUUACAAAGAAUAAAACUUUUAAAAUUCUUUUAUCUAA